GGCAGCAGUCUGCGCAAGCGCAAACGCGUUUCGGAUGAGUCUGCGGUGUCGCUCGGCAAUCCUGCUCAUUCACCUCGCAUGGCGUCGAGUUCCCCCUUGCCUGUGCCAGGGGAUCAGGACGACUACCUAUCAGCACACUCCUCCGCCGAAGCAUCGUCAGAGGAUUCAGAACCUCGAUCUAAGGCUCUCCAGGAACGCCGCUCCCGGUCGCGCUCCCGAGCUCGGUCCAAGUCCCACGCCCCUGUCUAUCCAGUCCCGAGAGGGCAGUCUCAAUUUCCACCGCCGGUCCCCGAGAAUGAACUAGGAGCACAGGCACAAUACCUGCUGGCCCAGGCUAUGCAGCACCUGUCAUACCUUAUCUCCGCUACUGGAACGCCACAUCAACAUCAACAUGGGCCUGGUUUGGCCCCUCCGUGGACGCCUCCCUUCGCUCCCCCAACGUAUCCACUCUCACUCCCCCCUGGACCUUGGCCUCCACAGACUCCAAGCCAUCGGUCGCGGCAUAGAAGCCAGGUUCCCUUUCCCUCCUCCUCUCCCGCAGGCUCACAUCAUCCGUCAUCAUCGUCGGCAUUGGUGACGCCAUCUCAUUCACGCCAUCCUUAUCCUCACUCAUACGACCCAGCGUUCUCGGGCGCGACGCUACCCCCUUCCUCUCCCGAGCCGGAGUCGCCGAUAUCAUCCCCCGACUUCGAGAAGAUGCGCCCGAAGCCUCUGGCGGGCCGUGGCCGGAGUAAGUCUAGGGGACGAAGGGUGUCCUUCAAGCUCGAUGAGGAUUCUCCUCCUCGCCGGGCAAACUCUUCGCUCGGGCCGGUCAGGUCUCGUAGCAGCAAUGGAGAUGACAACCUCGCGCGUACCUCUGACGAUGACGCCGGAGAUAUGUAUGUCUUUGGUCCGAGGAGCGCUCGCAAAAGAUCGGUUAGACGCGGUACACCAGCGGCUGCUCGCUCGUCAUCCCCGAGCAAAACUCGGGAAGAUAUUUCCGACGUUGAGUCCGCGUCUGAUAGAGGAAGUCCUAUGAAGAAGUUCGAGAGGGGUCAGACCCCGGGACCUCCAUCUCGGCCCGCGGGUUCAUCGAGGUCCGCAGCACGCGAUGCAUCAAUGAGGCCUUCGUCGUCUAAAAGUAGGA